UUUAUUCGUCUCAACCCCCGAUCCAGUCUCAUCCCCGAUCCACUCGUCUCCUCUCACCACGAUGUCCGCCGCUUGCCACGCCGUGGACUGCCGGUUCCUCCCCGCCAGGAGCCCCGCCCCGCCCACCACAGUCCUUCGUCGCCGGAUGUGCCCUGCGCGAGCCCUUCGCCGCCGGAUGUGCGCCGCCAAGAGCUCCGCCCCGCGCCAGCCCUUCCUUGUCGGAUCCCCGUCCAGCGCGGCCAGCCCUCCGUCGCCGGGUGAUGUGAUGAGUAUCCACUCAUCUAAUCAACUAGAAGGAAUAUUCACAGCCAGGUCAAAACUGUCGAAGCUUUGUGAUUCUGUAUUUUACAGCGACAUGGUGUGGACCAUGUCGUUUUAUGGCCCUGUUUACAAUAGCUUAGCUGAACAGAAUCGGAAUGUCGUAUUCCUUAAACUGGACGUUGAUGAACUAGGCAGUUUUACGGAUAUCUCGCAAACACCGUAGAUUAUUACCUUUUGUAUAGCGUCGUGUGGAGUAGCAAACUUGGGUUCAGAACCUUUGUGUUGUGAAAAACUGUUAUAGUAGGAGAUUCAGACUUCGUAUUCAUUAUGACUUUUAACUGCCUUUACAUUCAGUUUGCACAUGUUUUGUAUUUGCAGUUAUGGCUUCCAUUUGAUGAUCACUCCGAUGCUGAGGCUCUAACUAUUGAGCGCACAAAUGCAUUCCAUGUUUCCCUUUGUAGGAGCAAUCCUUUUGCGUGCCCUAUUGGUUGAAAGGUACCAUUUUUCUCUGUUCUGUUAUUCUCUGUAGGAAUCUCAUGAUGAUGAUUGCCUUAGUUGUAAUUCAUGGUGCCAGAAUGCUUGAAGAAGCUUUUAUGAUCCCUGUUUUUAGUGUUUCAUAGUACUCCCUCCGUCCGAAAAUACUUGUCAUCAAAAUGGACAAAAAGGAAUGUAUCUAAAACUAAAAUACAUCUAGAUACAUCUCCUUUUAUUCAUUUUGAUGACAAGUAUUUCCGGACGGAGGGAGUAGUUGAUUGUGCUUCAUUUUGUAGUUAAUGACGCUGCACACACAGAUUUAUAUAAACUAUUUGGGUGUGUGUAAUUUGUUGAAAAGUUUGUUGAACUGAAAAUGGUCAAAUAAAGCAUGCCAGUGCAUGUACAUGUGUUUUAGAAAAAUUGUACUGAACCCCACCUUUCCGUUUUUCAUACCAAUUUUUCAACCUUCCAACUUAACAAAAUAACUUGCAAAAUUUUGUGGCUCAAAAAAAAAAAUUUACCAGGACCAUUUUAGAUUUGUAGACCAGAUGUGAAAGUAUACUGUUAUGAAAUUUUUGUUGGACAGGAGGGCGGUGGCGUUCGAGCGGACUGUGUCUACUGUGCACACGAGGAGGCGGCGGCGGCGAGUGCGGGCGAGUCAGGUCGUGUGGACGUAGGGAACUUGAUGGCCCUCUGAUUUGUAUUCUCCACCUGUGCCAUUUUGUUAAAACAGAAUUAUGUACGAGAUGUGUAAAUAAACUUACCGAGAAUGUUAGAUUUUAUUUCUAUUGCUAGGCCCUCACGUCCAACUGUCAGCUCCCAGUUCUUCUUACUCGUAAUAAGCAAAGGGCUAUGUCGUACAAUAGUCUCCUUCGUGCAUGAAGGCAUGUUAUCAAACAUUCGUGCAUGAUAAGGGUUGAUUCAUUGGAGAUCAAAUUGUUGGCA